AUGUGGGAACUGCGGUCAGCCUCCUUCUGGAGGGCCAUAUUUGCUGAGUUCUUUGCCACCCUCUUCUAUGUCUUUUUUGGACUAGGGGCUUCACUGCGUUGGACCCCCGGACCCCUGCAUAUCUUGCAGGUGGCUCUGGCCUUUGGCCUGGCCCUUGCUACACUGGUGCAGGCUGUGGGCCACAUCAGUGGAGCCCAUGUCAAUCCUGCAGUCACUUUUGCCUUCCUUGUGGGUUCCCAGAUGUCUCUGCUCCGUGCCUUCUGCUAUAUGGCAGCCCAACUCCUGGGAGCCGUGGCUGGGGCUGCCGUGCUGUAUAGUGUUACCCCGCCUGCCGUCCGAGGAAACCUAGCACUCAAUACGUUGCACCCUGGGGUAAGUUUGGGCCAGGCCACCACAGUGGAGAUCUUCCUGACACUCCAGUUUGUGCUCUGCAUCUUUGCCACAUAUGACGAGAGGCGGAAUGACCGCCUGGGAUCUGUGGCCCUGGCUGUUGGCUUCUCCCUCACCUUGGGGCACCUCUUUGGGAUGUAUUAUACUGGUGCAGGCAUGAACCCUGCCCGCUCCUUUGCUCCUGCCAUUCUCACCAGAAACUUCACCAACCACUGGGUAUACUGGGUGGGCCCAAUCAUUGGAGGAGGACUAGGCAGUCUCCUCUACGACUUUCUCCUCUUCCCCCGGCUCAAGAGUGUUUCUGAGAGACUGUCUAUUCUCAAGGGUUCCAGGCCCAGUGACUCCAAUGGACAACAAGAGGGCACAGGGGAACCUGUUGAACUGAAGACCCAGGCCUUGUGAAAGCUGCAGUUGGCUCGAGGGAAUAGAAAGCUUCUGGGUUUAUUCAGAGGGGCUGAGCCAGCCCCUGGAUGAAGAAAGACU